AUGCGUUCUCGCAAAAAGCCAUUGUUUCAACGGUGCGCCAUGGACAAGUUGACACUUCUGGGCGAGCUUGGGAAAUGCUACAACUACGCUGAAGACUAUGAAAAGGCAGCCAAAAGCCUAGAGAUGGGUAUAGAAGCAGCGGAAGGUAAAAUCGCAAAAGACGACCCAAUUCUCAUUGUCGUCAAGAACAACCUCGCCUAUACUUAUGAGCAGAAAGGUCAACACAAGAAAGCCAUUUCUCUUCUGGAAGAGACUCUGCCCAUCCAGAAGCAAAUCCUAGGUAAACCACAUUUCGAAACCCUCAAGAUUCAGGUAUACCUUAGCGAGCAAUACCUGGAGAUCAAAGAACUCACGAAGGCGAUUUCGCUUUUGGAGGAACUUUUGCCUAUUCAGAGGGCAGGUUCAUAA